CGGGCAAAGUGGCAAGAGAUUGCCACUGUUGUAAGCCAUGAAUUUACAGCUCCACGUUCUUCGGAACAAUGCCGGAAGAAAUUUCAAAAUGUAAAAGGACGUUCCAUCAACAAAGUCAGUGGGCUGCGGCAUCCACCAACAGGAGGGGGCCCAUCGGCUGUAUUGUCCGUGGCAGAGUCGUGUGUGGCAGACCAUCUUGCCACACACGAAGUUGUCACGGGCAUUGGCGGAGGAUUUGAUUCAGAUGACCUUGAACAAAUUUUUCGGGCCUCGAAACCGGCCUCAAUGAUCUUGGCAGAUGAGCCAACGUCUGAGGCCACUAUCCCAGAAACAUCAGGAGGUCCAUUGAAGUCGUGCAGACAAAAGACCGGGAAAGCAAAAAGAAAAAUUGUCACCACAGAGCAGUCCACAAUAAAUGAAUUAACUGCAGAAAACCUAUCGCUUGACAAUGUCAGGAUUAGGGAGGAGACCAAAAAAAUCAAGCUCCAGAUGGACCUAUUAUUAGAACAAAAAAAUGCACUUAUUUCAGUGAAGGAAAUGGCUGAUGCUGCCAAAAGUUAUUAUUUACAAAGGUCUUCCAUUGAGUUUCAUUCAGGAAAUCCUUUUUGUAGAUUCCUUUACUUUUAAUAAAUAAUUCUGCUCAACCAAUUCAUUGGAUAUUUGAAAGUAACAAGCACACUGUUAGAUUGUCUUUGAAACAUUUUAGGCUUGUCCCUGUAUUUUUCAUUGUAUAUUUGAAGGUGAUGUACUUGUUUAAGCUAACUUCUUCAAACUUACUUUUGAGAUCCUACAUCAAUCUUCAAAUAUUUUAAGCUUUGUACAGUCUUGAAUUGCAUGUAUGAUUGGCUUAGGUGACUUUAUUUUUGAUCAAGUCAAAUUGUACUUGUUGUAUUAAGUAAUGCCCUGAAAUUCAUGUGCUAUUAAAGUUUUUAAACCAUAUAUGUUAUGCCACUAAGUUUGAUGAUGACAUUUCAUAUAUAUGUUACACAUCAUUGUUCAUCCAUGUCCAAUGAAAUAUUCUUUGUAAAGUUUGCUGAAGUAAUUAUUUAUUAAGGACAUAAGGUAUGUAGUUUGCUAUAUAGUUUAUACAUAUCAAAUUUAUAAAAUGUAUGGUGCCAUAAAGUCAUCAGACAAUUAAGUUAAGGGUAUUGCUUGUUACUUUUCAAAUAUCCAAUUGCUACACAGUUCUCAUUCAUUUAUAAUUCACAAGGUUCAUCAGGAGUUUGAGAAAGUAUAUACCUAAAGUAUAAAAGUUCUUAAAAAGUAAAUAUAAUGCAAAUUAUUGGAAAACAAAAAUAGUGAUAUAAACUUAAUCAUUUUUAUAAUAGACUUGAGAAGUUGGGGCCUGUUCAUUUAUGAAAACACUUGUGAUAUGAAGCAUUCCACAUUGUUACUUGUUCAUAGUGGUAAGAUAAUUA